AUGGAUGAACCAACAUCCUAUGCUCAAACCUUUAAUUUCCUAGCUUAUUUCUUCAAGCUGGCUUCAAAAAUUCCAAAGGAGAAAGUUGAUGAAAGUAUGAAGAAGGAGAACUCUAGAGCGGUCUUAUCAAGUACGAGGGAAACAUUGGAAGAAAGCAUCAAGGAGGUUUACAAUGAUAAAGUAUUCCUGAAGUGUUUAAGAAUAGCAGACUUAGGCUGCUCCUCAGGCCCUAACACACUAACUCUGGUAUCUUACAUUAUUGACAUCAUACAAGCCAUUUGCCAAUGUUCGAACAAGAUCAUCAAAUCACCAACUUUUCAAGUCUUUCUCAAUGAUCUUCCGGGGAACGAUUUCAACGUUGUCUUCCAAUCCCUUUCCAACUUCUAUGAGAGGCUUGAGAAAGAAAAGGGUGACGAUUUUGGACCCUGCUUCAUCGCAGCAAUGCCUGGGAGUUUCUAUGGGAGGCUUUUCCCUAACAAUUCUAUGCAUAGUGUUCAUUCUUCUUAUAGUUUGCAUUGGUUGUCACAGGUUCCAAAGGAGUUAUUAGUGAAUAAUAACAAAGGAAAUAUUUACAUUUCGAAGACAAGCCCUCCUCUGGUUUUCAAAGCAUAUUUGGACCAGUUUCAUAAGGAUUUCACAAAUUUCUUGAGAUGGCGUUCAGAGGAAAUAGAAGUUGUUGAAGUGGAAAGUGUGGUUCAAGAAGUAGGAUCUUUCUCUGUACAGAAGCUCAAUAGUUUCGAAAUGGCUUGGGAUGCAGGUUUCACUAGUCAUGAACAUAAUAGUAAUAAUGAAAAGUUUGAGAGAGGGAAAUAUGUUUCUGAUUACGUAAGAGCAGCUGCAGAGCCUAUUUUGGUGAAACAGUUUGGAAAAACUGUAAUGGAAGAAUUAUUUAAGAGGAUUGCUGAUAAGGUCACUGAGUCCAUGGCCAAAGAAAAAUGGCAGUACCUCAACUUGGUUAUUUCUUUGACAAAGAAUUAG